AUGACAUCUCUGAAGUUUGCUUUAUAUCUGACGUGUCUGUUCUUGGGGAGGAAAGCUCUCACAAAUAAUCUUAAAUUGUCCUUAUCUAUACACCAAGAGAGUGGAUUUUUAUCAGCUAAUGUUGGUGCCAAUGUGACUUUGAGAUGUUUCUAUAAAGGUGAUGUUGCAGCUAUGUUUUACUGGUAUAAGCAAACUCUGGGACAGAAACCACGGCUCAUCUCAACCUUCUAUAAACAUGAUAAAAAAGGCACUUUUAGUGAUGAGUUCAAAAAUGAUCCACGAUUCACAUUGGAAACUAAUCAGGGUAAGAACCACCUGACAAUCUCGAAAUUACGUAUUUCAGACUCUGGUACUUAUUACUGCAUCAGUUGCCAUUCAUUCAAGUUUGAAUUUGCGGAGGGCACUACUCUCAUCGUACAAGGCUCAGAUUCGAACAUCCAAGCUUUAGUCCAUCAUUUGGCAUCUGAGAAAAACCAGCAGGGAGGCUCUGGGGCUCUGGACUGUGCAUUACACACUGGGACCUGUGAUGAUGGAGAACACAGUGUUUACUGGUUCGAAAACUCUGAAGAAUCUCAUCCAGGACUAAUUUACACACAUGGAGGCAGGAAUGAUCAGUGUAAGAGGAACACCAGCAUACAAACAGACACCUGUGUCUACAACUUGCCAAGUCUGAAUUCUUCUCAUGCUGGGAUGGACUGUGCUGUCGCCUCAUGUGGAGAGAUAUUGUUUGGAGACAGGACCAAAUCAAGGGAUAAGGUGGGCUCUUAUGACUCUCUUGUGAAUAUCUUGAGUGGAGCUUUGGCGUUCACCACCAUCCUGGUUCUUGUAUUGACUUUCUCAGUGUGCAUGAUGAACAAGAAAAACAGCUGCCAGUGUAGAGAGUCUGAAAGGAUUGCAGCCUCCACUCCAUCAAAUGCAGAGGGUUAUCAAGAUGCAGACAACCUCCAUUACGCUGCUUUACGGGAACACAAGGUCAACCGACCUAAAAGACAGCGGGACGACACCACGAGUCAAUGUGUGUACUCCAGUGUGAGGUAGUAGAACUGUACAGGUUUCAAUUGUAAUCUGAUUUUGUGUAAGAUGUCAUUUUGUUAACAUCUUCUUUAAGAAGUAAUUUAGAUCUUCUUAAAAUAUGAACAGUUUGGUCUACAUGAUUUCAAAUACUUCUAAUGUGUGACUCUUUGGGUUUUCAAGUGGUACACGGGUAUACGGCCACAUUUUGUUAUCAUU